AUGGGUGGAGUUCCAAGGGGAGGGGCAAGUGGAGCGAGAGAAAAAGAUGAUGGGAGGAGGGAGACGAGUCGCUGCGAUUGGGGUCGUCGGUAUCAAUUUCAGAAGGGGAACGACUGUGCUCGCCAUGGACAUAAGGGGAGGUAUUCUCGAGUCAUUUCCGCAGGAUGUAUUCUGAUGAGGGAUGGCGGCACGCGUGGGCAAUCUUGUGCUUCGGGAAAACCCUUGUGCCCCCGCUUGGCCACAAUACGAAUAACAAAGAGGGCGGAGUCGGGUCGAGUCUCCAAUCGUUAUCCGACGCUGGGCAUACGGGACAGAUCCGGAGCGGUGAGGCUAGGGGAAGCCAUCACAUAG